AGUUGCCUGCUGGCGACCAGGGGAGGAAACUCGGCUGGUUGGGGACGCGGUGGGUGGUCCUUUGCACGGACUGGCGGGAGCAUCCCGGAGAUUUUUGCCGGCCGGCUAACGCUCUCGCAAUCGGGGUUGCUUGCGACGCCGGUGGACUCUGCCCCUCCUCCCUUUCCCGCCAUGCUCGCGCGUGUCACGUCGAGAUGUGUCCCCCCGCGCGCGCGCUCUAUCUCUCGCUUUGGAACGCCGCAGUCGCCGGAGUUCGGCCUUUGGAACGUCGCGCCUGCCGGAGUUCGGAGGCCCGAACGUUGCGAAAGUCUCCGCGUUCGCUUUCGGAAUCCUGCGCGCCUGAACGUUCGGUGCCGCUCAAGCAAUGAGCAGCGACGGCGGGUCUGCGGAGCGCGGCGGCGGCGGGACUGCCGGACUCCUCCGUGCGUACGCGGCGCUGCCUGUCUGGGUGGUGGAGGAUCAUCACGAGGUUCUUCCUUUCAUCUACCGAGCCAUCGGCUCGAAGCAUCUUCCUGCCAGUGACAUCUGCUUUGUCCAUUUGGAUUCUCACCCAGACCUCCUUAUACCGGUGAACAUGCCUGCAGAUACAGUGUUCGAUAAAGAAUCUCUGUUCAGUGAGCUAAGCAUUGAAAACUGGAUUAUGCCUGCCGUCUAUGCUGGGCACUUUUCGCACGUCCUGUGGCUGCACCCGCCUUGGGCUCAGCAAAUUAAAGAAGGCACCCAUCGUUUCUUAGUAGGUAAAGACACCUCCACUACUACCAUAAGGGUUACUUGCCCAGACGAUUACUUCCUUUCCGAUGGUCUGUACGUCCCUGCCGGCCAGCUAGAGGGCGAGAAGUCUUUGCAGCUCAACGUCUGCCUCGUGGAUCCUUCGGAAGCCGCCGGCACCCGGGAGGAAAGCCGAGCUGUGCCUUCUGCUAAGAAGCUCAAGUUGAGCGGGGAUGGUGCAGCAAACGCCUCGGCGGCCUCUUCGUCGAAGGACGUCCCUCCCCUCGCCCACAGCUGCGCAGGCGAAGAGGCUAGGGGAUUCGAAAACAGAACCCCUGUGCAGGAGACAACAGACAGCCUCCGGGGUCGAAAGGAUGGCCACCCAAUUCCAGAGCUCCUCGAAGACAUCCUCCAAGCGAUACAGAAGGGCUCUGCUUAUGUUCUCGAUAUUGACUUGGAUUUCUUUUCCGUCAAGAACCCUUUCAAAGAAAUGUACACGCAGGAGGAGUACAAGAUCUUACAAGAACUGUACAGUUUUAAGAAGCCUAACAGCAAUUCGUCAGAGGAGGACUUGCUAGACUGUGUCGAGAAUCGCGUCCACCAGCUGGAAGACCUCGAAGCAGCUUUUGCUGACCUGUGCGACGAUGACACGGAGGAGAACCUUCAGAGAUGGGCUUCAAGUCCUGGGAUGAAACUUCUAGUGCAGCUUGUGCAUAGUUUGAAAAAUCGAAUGGAAACGCCCGAUUAUGAAAUGGUCCACCAGGCUGGGCUCACAUGCGAUUACUCCGAACUUCCUCACCACGUCAGCACGGAGCAAGAAAUUGAGAGUCUGGUGCAGGCCGUCGAACGUCUCUUGAGGAACUUGCCGAAGCCCACUCUUGUGACGAUAGCCCGAUCUAGCUUGGAUGACUACUGCCCCGCAGAACAAGUUCAGCUCAUCCAAGAAAAGGUCUUGGAUGUUCUGCGCCUGGCGUACGGCAGCCUGGAAGUUCAUUUAGAGUACUUGGAAAAUUCCUGUCCUGCUGGAACAGCAUGAUCGGUUGAAGCAAAAACAACCGAAAUAGUUUCUCUCUCCGCGCCAUGGGAUCCGUUUGGAAGCGGACAAAGGAUUUCUUGUGAGGUUGGGUUGUGCUUGUGAUAAUCUCCACGCAGAUCUAUUCCCCCCCCCCCCAACACAAUUUUCUGCUGCUAUCGAUCCUCGCGUUGAUGCCUUUUGGGUUUGCCUAGGAGAAGAAAAAUGACUGGGAAAUGGUUCUUCCUAUAUUCCUGUAGGAGUCUCUCCGGACCGAUCCAGCCUAGCGUUUGAGGAAGAGAUUUUGCUUUAACAUAGUUGAAUUCAUUUUCCCAGUCAGUUGUAACUGAAAAUACUGCUUCAAGAUAAAUUGCCGUUUGCUUGGAAGCGG